AUGGCAAACCCAACACCAAGAACUAGUCCUCAUUUCUUUCUCAUUCGUGUGAUCUUAUGCUGUUGGUUGAGUUCAUCCAUGGCCAUGGCAGCCUCUACUUACAAUGUGGUCAAUUUUGGGGCGAAGUCGGAUGGUAAAACAGACUCCACCAAAGCAUUUCUGAAAGCAUGGGCCAAAGCUUGUGAUUCAUCCAAACCCGCCACAAUUUACGUGCCACAAGGAAAGUUUUUACUUAAAAGUGCAACCUUUAGUGGGCAAUGUUCCAACAAGGCUAUUUCUAUAACCAUUGAUGGCACUUUGGUGGCCCCUUCUGAUUAUGGGGUCAUCGGAAACUCCGGAAAAUGGUUGCACUUCGAAGAUGUUAAUGGUGUCUCAAUUCGAGGUGGGGUUCUUGAUGGCCAAGGCACUGCCUUGUGGAAUUGCAAGAACUCAGACAAAGGUGAUUGCCCAAGCGGCGCCACGACACUGGGAUUCACCAACUCCAAUAACAUCAUCAUUGGUGGGUUGACCUCACUCAACAGUCAAAUGUUCCACAUAGUGUUCAACGGAUGCCAGAAUGUGAAAGUGCAAGGCGUGACGGUAAAGGCCUCCGGUGACAGCCCCAACACCGACGGCAUCCAUGUCCAAAGGUCCUCUGAUGUCACCAUUCUCAACUCCAAAAUUCGAACCGGCGAUGAUUGCAUCUCAAUUGGCCCUGGCACUAGUAACUUGUGGAUUGAAAACAUUGUAUGCGGACCAGGCCAUGGAAUCAGCAUUGGAAGCUUGGGAAAGCAAUCAGAAGAACCCGGUGUAGAAAAUGUGACAGUUAAAACGGUUACCCUCUCUGGGACUCAAAACGGAGUUAGAAUAAAGACUUGGGGGAGACCCAGCAGCGGAUUUGUGAGGAAUGUCCUUUUUCAAGACAUAGUCAUGGACAACGUCGAAAACCCCGUUAUAAUUGACCAAAACUACUGCCCGCGUAACGAGGGCUGCCCGGGUCAGGCCUCCGGAGUCAAAAUCAGUGAUGUGACAUACCAAGACAUUCAUGGAUCAUCGGCGACCGAGGUUGCUGUGAAAUUCGAUUGCAGUUCCAAGUAUCCAUGCAGCGGUAUAAAGAUGAAGGAUGUGAAGCUCACUUACAAGAACGAACCUGCGCAAGCUUCGUGCAUCCAUGCUGAUGGAUCAGCUCUGGGUUCAGUUCAAGCUCAGAAAUGCUUUUAG